GCGCUGUGUUGGAAGAGUGGUGGUGGUCGGGUGGGGUUUUCUUAGCGGGGGGGUUUUAUGGUCCCUAUAAAUACCUGAACGUCUCUCGUCCCACCUUCCCAUCUCCGUUCUUCUUUCCUUGUCUGUUUAUGUCUUACGUUCUUGAAACUCCCUCGGAGUGCAGAGAGAGGCAUCUGGCAAAGACAGAGUCUGAGAGAUUGCUGAUUGAGGCGAAGAAGCCGAGAGAAGUUUGAUACACUGACGCUGUGCUGAAGACCAUAAAGCUGUAGAAUAUUUGCUGCGGAGGAGCAAAGUCCAUUUUAUUGUUGCUGUGACUGCAGUACUGUUGAUCAAAACUAGAUUCCAGUUUGUAGCAAUGGAUGUAGAGUCCAACCAAGCUUCCUCGGUGCUUGCAGACACUACACUUCUAACAAAGUCUAGGUUAGGCUCACGUAAUUUGGUUCCUUGUUCAUCAACUAAAAAUUGUCCAUCCAUCGUUCCUGGGGGUCAUUAUUUGCCAAUCAGGAAGAAAAAUCGUCCUAGCAACCUUGAAGAUGUCUAUUCAAAUGGGUGGCUUGAUGCGAUGAAGGCUUCCUCACCCCCUGGUAGAGGCCUCGCCAGAGACGAGCAUGAUUCAGUAUUUAGCCCAUGGGAGGUUACAUGCCCAUCAGCCCUUAGAUCCUUUCAGAUGAUCACAAGUGCUGCAGAAGGUAAAAGGAUAGUAUUGUUCCUGGACUAUGACGGGACCCUGUCACCCAUUGUAAAUGAUCCAGAUUGUGCCAUCAUAUUAGAUGGGAUGCUCCCUGUCAUUCGUGAAGCUGCAUCGCUUUUCCCUACUGCAAUCAUAACGGGUAGACGGCGUGAUCAGGUUUAUGAAUUUGUUGGAUUGUCUGAACUUUACUAUGCGGGUAGCCAUGGAAUGGACAUAAUGGUACCAACUGUUGCUGCUUCCAAAGCUGAUAGUUGCACCCAAAAUUGUGAUGCGUCCACAGAUGGGCAGGCUACGGAUGAAAAUCUUUUCCAGCCUGCCAAGGAAUUUUUACCAAUGAUUGAUGAGGUUUUCAGAUCUCUGUUGGAAAGUAUGAGGGGAAUUGAUGGUGCAAAGGUGGAAAAUAACAAAUUCUGCGUCUCUGUCCAUUAUCGCCGUGUCAGUGAGGAGAACUGGUAUGAGGUUGCUCAGCGUGUGUUGUCCAUUCUUCAAGGAUACCCUAGGCUGAAAGUUACUCAUGGCCGCAAGGUAUUGGAAGUUCGACCAAAAAUAAAGUGGAAUAAGGGAAAGGCAGUUGAUUUUUUUAUGGAUUCACUUGGACUCUCCAACUCUUUUGAUGUGCUUCCCAUAUAUAUAGGGGAUGACCGAACCGAUGAAGAUGCUUUCAGGGUAUUGAGAGAAAAGCAUAAUGGCUUUGGCAUAUUGGUGUCUGCAGCGCCAAAGGAAACCAGUGCCCUCUACAUGCUUAAAGACCCAACUGAGGUUAAGGAUUUCAUCGAAUGCCUGAUUAAGUGGAAGAAGUCCGGAGAAACUUAAGUAGUUGGAAGUGGAACAUCUUUUCAAUUUUCUCUUUUGGUGACUGGAAUAUUUUGUCUCCUCGAUUGGGACUGCAGUAUGGAACUCCUCUGCAGCGAACCCAACUAUGUAACCAUUCUGGGCCUCUGAAAUUUUGGUGCAAGUGAGCCCAAUUUUGUAAUCAGUCUACAAAUACAGAUGCUUUUACUUAUAAAG